GCGCAGGCGGCACCAAGGCCUCUUGCCCUGAGAUCCCGUGAACCCGGGGAACAAACUCGUCGUAUAAAACGCCCCUCUCGACGAUGCUGGAGCGCAAUACCAAACUCCGCGUUGCCUCGCCUCCUCUUCAUCAUGAGUGUCACACUAGUGAUAUUUGCCAGUUCCCUGGCAUUGGUCAACAGCCAGUACUCACAGUAUCAAGAUGCCGCACAAAACGCAGCAAUUUUGACUGACGCACGUUACCUAUCUGGCGAUGGAACAUUUGGUGCUGCUUACUCCCAAGAAGAUGGCGUAGUUUUCAAGGAAGAGAGCGACGCCAAUGGGGAUCGUCGAGGAUCAUACUCAUAUGUGGAUCCCACUGGGAAAAGACAUACCGUCACGUAUACAGCUGGAAAGAACGGAUUUCAGGCUACCGGUGAUCACAUUCCAAAGGCUCCACCCCAGGCUGCUCCCCAACCAGAAUACGUACCCCUGCCCCAGUAUAAUUCACCGGAUUACCAGCAAUCGAAACAACAGUAUCAACCACCAGCGCAAUCUCAUUAUCAACCAGAACCUGCUCGAAGACCUCAAACUCAGUACCAGUCACAACCUCAACCCGAUUAUGAGCCUCAACCUCAAUAUCAACCAGCUUCUAGAUCUCAACCACCGUACAAUGCUCUCACCACGCCAGCACCUCACAGAUUUUAUCCUCCAGGAAAGUUGAACUUCAACAGAACUCCAGACGGUUUCUCGUACACGUUCAGUAAGAGUUGAAUCUAAGAACUCAUAAAUUCGCUCGCUUCAAAAUUUCUAUUGACAAUCAUUCGCGUGUACAAUUUUAUGAAUCCAUGAAAAAAUUAUUAAAUUUCUCUUAAAAACUAGAGUGUACAAGGCAGACAUCGAUGACGUCAUUUUGCACGUAUGAAUAAAUUACAAAGUGGUUCCUUCUUUAUUAGCAUUCCAAAAAAAAA